UAACUAACACCUCUGUGUAGCCCCAUCUGCCUAGUAUUUAUGAAUGGAUUGUAUAGUACUUUCAUUUUACUCUGGGACAAGACAAAUUGUCCCAGAAAAUCUUCAGUUGUGGACAAAUCUCGGUUGUGAACGGACAUACAGUAUUAUCUCAUUUUCAUAAUUCUUGGAUAUAUUAUUAAUGCCAUAUUACAAUAUUUUUGAAUUGGAUUACUUGAAUUAGCCAAUCAGAGUUCAGUAUUGGAAUAAAAUUAUUAUAGCCUAUAUAGAUAUAAAACUGAACUGCUACAAUUGUGAGCAGCAUUGAGCUUCUGAUGUUUUCACGUGAAAAAGAAUCAAUCACAUAAGAUUAAGAAUCAAUUAGUGUGGUAACAGUUUGACGGACAGGAUCCGUUAUAUGUGACAGUGGACAAUUAUUAGUAUUAAUUAGUUUACCUUUCCCUACCUGCCUCAGGUAUUUUGUGUAGGGUUAAUCGAAUCAUGUAGGUACGUUAUUAACUUGUCUUCAAGAAAAAAGAUUCUCUACAACGUGUCUUCUGAAGUUAUGUAAUAUUGAAUGGACUGUAAUCAUUUAUCACCAUUUUGACCGUUUUUUCUGGUGUUUCUACGCAUUUACCGAUAAUUGUAUACAUAAGUGAUAAUUAGUUGCAAAAUAAAAAGAUAACAAGGUUUGUGAUUAUUUUACGGCAUUACCCAACAUGAAGUCAUUAUGAACAACAACUCUGUGACAAUUUCCUUUAAUCAUGUGGGAUUCGUUAACGAAGACGUCCGCGGGAGUCGCGGGCUGUAAGGAAUGUGAAGCGGCCGCUACGGGUUGUCGCUCGGGGUGUAGUUCUGCGCCAGUAACUGUUGAACGUGAUAGAGAAUUUCUGUGGAUUCGUACCAAAAUGCCAGUGUGUAUAUGGCCAGAGACAUGUCUGUUAGGUUGCAGUGCAGCAUUACAUGAACAUUUAGGGAACAAAGUGCCAAUGUUGCAGUCUCCACUUGGUGUCAUGAUGGGGUACAACAAUGAACCUCCGUUUACGUCACCCCCUCCAGCACACAUGGGUAUACCCCCAGUCACUAUAGAUCCCAAAACAGGUUUACCCCGUCAUGCAUUUCCAUACCACACUACAGCAGGCCAGUUCCCUCCAUCAUUAUACCCAGAUGUCAGUUGGCAAAGACCCCCAGGUUAUCCCAUUUCCUCAGGUGCCUUAGGUGGACAUUACCCACCCUCAUUUAUUAACUCAUCUGCACGCUUUCCAGCAGGAUUUUUCCCCCAUGGUGUACCUCCGGGUAUGUCACAUGGCCAUUUAGGGGCGGGACCAAAACAGGAGGGAGGAGUCUCAGACAAUCACAGACAUGGUUUUAAUGAAGGAAGUGGGAACCAAAGUCCUGUACCUGAAAAGAAAAAGCCUCAUAUAAAGAAACCCCUGAACGCAUUUAUGUUAUUUAUGAAAGAACAAAGAGCAAAAGUUGUAGCAGAAUGUACACUAAAAGAAUCUGCAGCAAUAAAUCAAAUAUUAGGCCGACGGUGGCACGCUUUAGAUCGGUCAGAGCAGGCUAAGUAUUAUGAAAUGGCGCGGAAAGAAAAAGAAUUACAUCUCCAGCUGUAUCCUGGCUGGAGUGCACGAGAUAAUUAUGCAGUACAUGCUAAAAAGAAAAAACGAAAGAAGGACCCGAUGCCCGGAGAGAAAGGUACGCGCCCUGAUGAUCGAUUUAUGGACAAUCCAGCCUUUGGUGAAUGUACAAAUAGUGCCAAGAAGUGUCGAGCUCGAUACGGUAUGGAGCAGCAGAAAAAUUGGUGCAAACCUUGUCGGAGGAAGAAGAAAUGCAUUAGGACUUAUGAUGAAGGAGGAGGUUCAGAUGAAGAAGAUGGACACAUGAGUGACAGCCAGAUGGGUGAGGACAGUAUCCAUGACAGUGAUUCUAUGCCUGGUAGUCCCGCCCAUUCUUUUACAAGUGACGAUCCAUUCUCAACCCCACACAGGUCACGUCUGCAAAAUGUUGAAUCACCUCUUGUUCAUGAUUCAAGUCGAGAUCACCAAGACAUGGACACUACUAUGAAAGCUCAUGAAGAUAUUUUACCUGCUCACAAAUCGCCUUUUUCAAUGUAUAAAUUUUCCGAUCAUAAUUUAUCAGGACCGGACAAAUACUUGUCUUCUCGAUUCAACUUUCCUCAAGCGUCGUCACCGUUGUCAAUAUCUUCAAAAUCUUCCGGAUUGAAUCGGUCUUACAGCAUUGAAUCACUCGCGAAAUCUUCUGUCAACUCUGAUUGUAAAGAGACAGGUGACCACAACAGAUCCUUUGAUUAUGCUCUUUCACCUCUGUCAAGUCCUGGUGAUUUAAGCUACCAGAAUUCACCAAAAUUUAGUAUUUCAACAUUUGCAGAAGACAUAAAUAAAAAUUUGAGCCCAAAAAAGAAGCCAAGCGGGUUGAGCAACAAUUUUAGUAUUUCCACAUUGUCAGUAUCGGCUGUCACGCCAUCUAGAAUACACUGUAGUUAAUACGAUAUUUUAUAGAUCAGUUGAGUAACUGUCGCUCAUCAUCGAUCAUGUGUAACAAAUAAAAAAAUAAUGUGUCCCAGUCUGUAGUAGCAGACGACAAACUGACGUUACCAGUGUUGUCUCUUUCAUGUUGUUUGAGCUGGAACCAGACUGUGAAUUUUUUCACUAUUUAGUCGACCAGUCUAUUUGAAUGACCUCCUCAACCUUGAUGUGUUGUUUCCAUUCCUCGUGGCAUAAUACAGGGAUCUCAGACUAUUCACUCCAAUGUUCUCAAAAACUUUAUUAAAUUGAGGAUAUUUGUUCAGAAUAUCUUGCGGUUAAACAGAACAAACUAACAGCGUUAAAAAUAUAUACUUUUGAGUGUAUAAAGAUUUUUCUUGAAAAGAAAAUUCAAAGGUAAAAUGUUACAUUACCAAAGUUACAACCGGAAACAUUGAACUUGUGAACUCUACAUAGUGGAGAAACUGGUUGUUGAUGGUUUCGGAUGGGUUAUAUACCAUUUAUAUAAGUGUGUUAAGGAGAUAGUGACUCUGUAUUGCCGGUGUAGAACGUUUCAUGUACACGUAUCUCAAGACUGUCGUGUUGGCAUACUGCCAAAUCUCUACUGUGUUCAAAACAAUCAAACCCUCGUCUUUUAAAAGUUUUCUACACGGAAGUUAUACUUUACAAAUUGUUUAAAUGAUUUGUAUUUUUAUGAAGUUUAUGACUACUCCACAUUGUACAGGUGUGGAAUUUCUUCCAGAGUUAUAUCAACAUAUAAUGGCAGGUGUUUAGCUGUUACAGUCUAUCUUUUAUUGAAAGCUUCUUGAGCAGCCUAUCAUAUGUACUAGUAAACUAGUUUAAUGUUGAAUUUAGAGACACAAUUACAGUGUUAAACAUUUGUAUUAGAUACAAGUGUCGCAUAUUCUUAUCCUUUCUUCAUAAUCGUGUGUAUGUACAAUGAAUUGGUGCAUAUUUAAUUUUGUUUAACAUGAUACAAAUGUAUAUUGGUCUUAGAUCCAGAUUGAAUUAAUAUCUUUUUUCAUUUGCAUUCUGCAUGUAGACUAAAUAUCACCAUUUUAUAAAAAAAAUGCAUUAAAUUUUAAUUCUAAUUAAAAAAAAAACAACAAAUUUGUUAAUGUUACGACACAAAAAUCUUGCAUUUUUUCUUACCGUUGGAUCAAUAUGCCAGAUCUAUUUGCCAAAAAUAUGAAAUUCUGUAGCUGUAAUUUGAAAACACCUUUCCACAGUUCAUCUAAAUACUUGUGUAACUUGGUCUUUGCGUUUAUUGUGUAUUUAGGCAAUCUUGGUUUGAAGUAAACCAGUUUUUAAGGGCUGCUUUUUUUAGAAAAGAAAAGGAAGUCAUUAUAAGACUAGUGUUUUCAUGAAUUUGCAGGGGAAAUAUUUAAAUAUAAGACAAUAUAAUAUAGAGAUGGCUUUUCAGUACCAGUUUUAAUGAAAUGUUAUGCUUGUUUAAAAAAAAAAUUUUUGUUUGUUAAAGGUUUUGCUUGAUUUUUAACACUGGUUUGAAUGUAUAAAAAAGGAAAACUUUAUAUGAUAAUUGAAUUAUUGAGUUAAUUGACCAUCUUGUUGCUACUUGUACUUACUUUGAGUUGAUUGACCAUCUUUUUGCUACUUGUACUUACUUUGAGUUGAUUGACCAUCUUUUUGCUACUUGUACUUACUUUGAGUUGAUUGACCAUCUAAAUGCUACUUUGUAUUGACAUGUAAUCUAUGUGCCAUUAAUAUAAUCUCUUGUAGGACAUAAGCAUUCAAAAAUGCACAAUCCUGCUCAAUUUUGUUGUUGUUUUCUACAAGAAUAGAUUUGUACAUAUCGUUAUCAAACUGGAGAUAAAUGGUACAACAUCGCGACAAAACUUUCUUUCAACCAGUGCCUGUGGUUAAUUAUCUAGUGAUAUUUGUUGUUUAUUCAUUCAUAUAUCAUAUAUACUAUGUCAGUCAUAAACUUUCAAUCGCACAGAGUCUGUGACUGCUUCAUUUGUACUUAAUUUAUAUAAUUUUGCUUGUAUGUUAUUUGUCUUGUUUUUCUAUUUUGUCUUAAAGGGCCUUUCUUUAUUCAGCUUGCAUAAUUUUAGUAGAUUAUCUGAAAGACAUGUUUCAGAUGUUAAAUGUAUGUUAUCUUUUUUUCAACCAUGGAGCUUAUCAGAGUGUUACUUGUAAACAAUAGCAUAUUAAAAACUGUAAAAAAAUGUCUAUUCUAUAAAUGAUUUUUAUUUUAAAACCUUUAUAGGACUUUGUCUGAUAACUAUGCUUUACAAUUAGAUACACUGUAUAUUUUGUUUAUGGACUGUAGGAGCUUGCACAUGGAUCUGAAUAUUUUCAAAUCCAACAGCAUUGUUCAUUACCUUGAUGUUUUGAACAGUGUCUAUGGAUUUUUACUUGUUUUCAAACUUGCAUGCUCUCUUAUAAACUUUGAUUGGUUCAUGAACUUUUUGAUACAAUAUCAAUGGAUGCUGAAUGGUUGGUAAAACUAACUUGUUUUUCAAAAAUGUUUUGGACUUGAUUUGUUCAUGAACUAUCUUGCUUUUCAAAUAUGUCCAU